ACGCAUUAUGAGAAAAGAAAAGGUGGGUUCGUGGAAACCAACAUGGGGCCAUGAACAAGAACUGGAGAAAAAAGGUCGCUGUCACUGGGUGAAAGAAACGCGUUGAUGAUGCCUCUGAAUAAGAAAUCAAACCGUUUACUUGACCUGACCUGAGCUUGCUGUUAGAAUUUGUGGUUUCAGAGCCACAAAUUCUGACAGUGGUAUCAGAGAGAAACUCCUCUGUUCUAAUACAAAACACCUCCUCUGUUUUAACUACUCAACCAUCUCCUCUUUUUCAAACUAUACUCUUUCUACCAGACUCUUGCUCCUAAAACUGAAGUCCUAAACACAUUGUCCUAGCCCACUACUUCUAAAGCUUCCGCACCAAAUUACAACAGUGGUAUCAAAGCCACAAAUUCUAACACUUGCUCUUCUUACCGAUUGUCCAUCUUCAUUUCUCAAAUCUAAACCACUGCAUCCAUAGCCCUUUACACCAAUGAAGGCAUCGUCAUCAUCCUCAUCGCUUCCAUCGGGGCCACCAUCCUCAUGGCCACCGGAGUCCCGUGAAUGCACGUACGACGUGUUCUUGAGCUUCAGAGGUGAAGACACACGGAGGACCUUCACGGACCACCUCUACGCGGCACUAGUUCGUGCCGGAGUCAGGACGUUUAGGGAUGCCGAGGGACUAAGAAGGGGAGAAAACAUAGCGGAGGAUUUGGUGGAGAUAAUCCAAGGGUGUAGGAUCUCACUCAUCGUCUUCUCAGAAAAUUACGCGGAUUCGAGUUGGUGUCUCGAGGAGCUGGUGCAGAUCAUGGAGUGUAGAAAAACACAAAGGCAACGGGUUUUCCCAAUAUUCUAUCAUGUCGAUCCUUCACAUGUCAGAAACCAGACCGGUAUCUUUGCUCAUGCGUUUGAGAGACAUGAAGCCACAGUACAUCAAGGUAGAGAUAAGAUAGCAAGGUGGAGAGCUGCUCUUAGAGGAGCGGCGAAUUUGGCUGGCUUCGAUAUUGCUGCUAGGCAUGAAGCAGAGUUUACAGUAGAAGUUUCCUAGCAGAUGUUAGGGAAACAGCAAAGGACUCAAGGGGUAAGAUUGCACUGCAAGAAAGACUUCUUUCUGAUGUCUUAAAACCAACCAAGAUAAGGGUGGGUGAUGUUUCCAA